AUGGCCACUGAUACUAUUACCCCGGCUGGGUCUCCGCCUGUAGGUCAAACGUCCAAUUUUGUCAAUCCGGACUACGUUGGUACCAAGUUUUUGGUGGUAAACUGCGUGUUUCUACCGUUGGCUGUUAUUGCUCUUGCGGUGCGAACAUGGACGCGAUUAUUCGUCGUGCGGAGUUUCCGCUCCGAUGAUUAUUUAAUGGUUAUGGCUAUCAUAUUAUCAUGUGUUCUAACUGGAGUGACAUUGGAGAUGCUCAAUUGGGGCUUGGGAAAGCACAUGUGGGACGUUCCUCUAUCUACUUUCUCACCGGAAUUUAACAAGCUGAACCUCAUCGCCGCCAUCAUUUACUGUGCAGCCACUGGAUUCACCAAAUGCUCCGUCCUCGUGUUCUACCUCCGCAUCUUCCCCAGUCGCAAUUUCCAUAUGGCCGUCUGGACGAUCGUUUUUAUCGCAGCCGGAUACAGCGUCGCUAGUAUACUGGCCAACCUGUUCAGCUGUCAUCCAAUCGCCAAAUCAUGGGAUUCCACAAUCACAACCGGACACUGUAUGAACCGACCUGUUUUCUACUUUGCCAAUGCCGGGUUGGGUAUUUUUACCGAUUUCGCGACUGUCGCUGUUCCGAUACCAUGGAUCCGUCGAUUGCAGAUGCCAAUACGACAGAAGGUUGCUGUUGCCGCGAUGCUGGCAAUGGGAUGUUUUGUUGGAAUCGUUAGCUGCAUCCGCCUUGCCAGUUUAUAUAAUCUUCUAAAGAGUGCCGAUCUCACUUGGACCACUACCGAUGCACUGAUGUGGUGCACAAUUGAGCUCAACCUUGGAAUCUUCGGUGGCUCCGUCACAGCCAUUCGACCUUUCAUUCGUCGAUACUUCCCUCGUCUCCUUGGUCUAUCCUCCGCCGGUGGAUACUACGGAUCACAAUCUCGAAAGCAAGCACAUCCCUUGAACUCGAUGCCACGAAGCGGGCAACCCGACUUUUCGAACCGAGGGAAUCAGUACUCCACCACACUCACUACAUCUCGAAAUGCACCCGAUAAUGAUAGUGAGGAGCAUAUAUUACCUGUUAAUACUUCCGGCACUCCGAAAGAGAUGGAUGGCAUUAUUCGGACGGUGGAAUUUGAUGUAGAGAAUUCGUCCACCGCAGGGCGGUGA